UGCCUGCAACUUGGCUGCCUGAUACACAUUAUCAUCUUGGACACCGGAUUCACCCCAGACUCGCCCCAGACUCACUGCCACAAUGCCUCCACAGCAGGGCGAAGUAUCGCUCUUGACCCUCUUCGCCGAUGUGCACUACUACAUCUCCCCACCAGCCCAGAUCCCCCCGCACCACCGCUUCGACAAGGGCUCGUAUGUCUAUCUCUACCACAACCCCAUGCGCCAGAGCGGACGCAUAGAGAUAGCAAACCAUGCAGGCACUCCCAACCAAGACGCCUUUGCCGGUCAGCUGGACACAGUCAAGAUUGAACAGACAUACAAGCACCCGUGCCUGUUCACACUCACAGUCGACGAGUUCCAAAGCCAAAAUGGAAAUGCAAGCCCCCACCAGGACAUGUCGCAGUGGCAUCUCCCGACGCCCGACCCGUCGAGCCAGGGCAAAUACAUGUACAGACUGCAUACGGUGGACAUGUAUUUUUGGACGCCAGAGGAUGCGAGUCUCUUUCUCGACUCGGUGCGGAGAGUGUUGCAGCCGCAUCAGUUGCAAAUCACACGCAACCCCAGCAGUGCCACGCCGACGCACUCGGAGCACAAGAACGAUGCCAUGAGCCCCGUCAUUGCACGGCUGGAGAAUGCCGCGAUAUCGCAUACAAGCCGAAGCGCAAGCAUCAGCACUACACAAUCGUUCCCUGGCCCUCCAACCGCUGCCGCACCGACAUCGCCGCCGCCAAGCGAGCAACCGCCCAACUACGCUCCAAUGGCAUACAACCCAGCUGCCCCCGCCGCGCCAGAGCCUAUUGCCCACCGCGAAAAGACACCGCCGCCAGAAGAUGCCACGGACGGAACGGGUCUGGGGACUGCUGCUGCGCAUGAUCAACAUGCCGCGCAAUACAGCAAUCCGUUGCAGGCUUCGUUUGCUCCGCAGCCAACGUCUGGCUCAUACUUUCCUGGACCGCCCGCCCCAGGACAGGGAUUCACUGGCCCGCCAGGUGUGCAACGUACAGAUACUGGGGGAUCCGCGCCAAGUGCACCGCAGAGCGCGCCAUCAUUUGCUCCGCCACCAUCUGCUCCUCCGCCAGGCCAGUUCAACCAUACCCCACCACCACCGCCGCCCGUGAAUCGGACGUCAUCGAUGCCUGCUCAGCAGUAUGCCACGUACCCCAACUCGCCCGGCUUCCCCCCAGCCCCGCAGUCACCCCCACCUCACUCUGCCGUGCCUUCGCCUGGCUUCCCUCCGCAGCCGUAUCAGCCAAUGGCCUCUCCCGCCUACUCACAGUAUCAGUACGGCAGCACGGCAGCACAGGGACAGAGCAUGCAUCAGCAGCUCUACAGGCCAACCGAGACGGAAGCCGCUGUGCAUCACCACGAGAACCCAAACGGGCCGCAACGCAACUCCAACAUCGGAAAACGGGUAGAUAAAGUGGAGAAGGGCAUUGGCAGUUUCUUGAAAAAGCUGGAUAAGAAGUUCUGA